AGUCAUAACAUCGACAAUGAAUGAAAAACAAAGCUUAUUUUUAUUCAACAAUUGCGUCUUUUACAUGGAAAACCAAACGGUCUAUAAAUAAUGAAUUCAUUGCUGCAACAUUCGGUUCCUUUGCGAGCAUUCGUUCCUAUAGUAUUGUCGACAAGCAUUGCUCCAAACUAUUUUAUUACAUGGUCAAUAUGGCGAGUUGCAUCAUCCAUAUUACCAAGAUAUGUGUACGAUUAUGUACACAAUAUAAUGAAAGAUAUGUACUUCAGAAUUGUCGUAUUUUUCUUUGAAAAUUACGCUGGAACUGAGGUAAUAUUCUAUGGCGACGAAAUUCCUUUCUACAAGAAAGAAAAUGUGCUGUAUAUAAGUAAUCACCAAAGCACAGUUGACUGGGUUGUCGCAACUUUAAUAGCCAUAAGACAAGGAAGUCUAGGAUCGAUUCGAUAUGUUUUAAAAGACAGUUUAAAGUACCUGCCUUUUUAUGGCUUUUACUUUCCUCAGCAAGGUUCCAUCUUUGUAAAGAGGAAUUCUUCACAUGAUUUGAUUCACUUGGAAAGAAAGAUGAAACAAUUUAAAGAUAACAAAACACCAGUCUGGCUUGUUAUAUUUCCUGAAGGGACAAGAUUUAACCUGGCAGUACCAGGGCAAUUGACGCGUAGUCAUGAUUACGCCUUGAAGAAAAGUCUGCCACCAUUGAAUCACGUUUUGACACCAAAAACCAAAGCAACCGAGAUUGCGUUGGAGACGUUAUCAGAUCAUAUCGAUGCUGUUUAUGAUCUCACAGUAGCCUAUAAAGAAGCAAAUGAAGACGUUUUACCUCGAAGAAAAGCUAAAGAAUUGCACGAAUACUUUUCUCUCCGUCAUCCUGAAAUACAUAUUCACGUAAGACGAAUUUCCAUCGCUGAAAUUCCACAGAAUUGCGAGGAACGUAAGAAAUGGAUAUAUGAAGCAUUUCAUUUGAAAGACAGAUUAUUAUCCAAGUUCUACUCGGAAGAUGAUACUAUUCGUGGACGAUUUCCUGGCAAACAGAAAAGACAGAAAGUACCUUUGUCACAAACAUUACCAUGGACGGUGUUUUGGGCGAGUAUUUUGUUACCGUUUCUGGCUACCAAAUAUGGCAGAUCGUUAUAUUUAAAGACUUGGCUUAUCGGCGGUGUUGGGACAGUGUUGUAUAUGACGAUACUAUAUGAUAGAUUAGAAAGAUGACGUAACGUCAAGGAUGCGCCUGAGGAAGCUUGCAAAUCGUACUGGAAAAUAGAAUGUUGUGGCUGUAUUGGUAGAAAUUACGUCUCCGAGAGUAUAUAUUUCUUUAAUCAGGCAAGAGUCUGAUAUUGAACGCGCUUAUGGGUGUAUCUUAAACAAUUUUUUUUUCAAAUUUAUCGUAUGAACUAAUGAACUGAGUCAUUGCUAGUCGUAGUUAAUCCUAAUCAAUAAUAUCAAUCAAAAAACAAA